UCUAAUUUUUGGUCUCUGCCAUACAAUACCUAAAAUUAUUAUGCAGAGAGUGAGAUUCCUGUUUGGGGAGGUGAGAGCUCUAAACUUGCAAUCGUAAGACUUUCCACCCAAUGUCGAUGUUAUGGCAAUCCAAACCCCUCGGCAGGCACACCAAUCUGCGGCGGCGCUGCCACUGGGAGUCGGAGAAGGAGGCGGCAUGGGUUGUGAGGCGAGUGGUGUCAAUUCUGGGACAUCCACGGAAGGACUGGGACGAGGAAAAGCUUGACAGGGUUGUCUUGAAACCCUCAGUCCUCUCCUCUGAGCACUUCCUCCAAAUCACUCUCCAGCUAUCUUCCAUUCCCAAAUCCCUCAAUUUCCUCAAAUACCUCACAGCAAAGGCCCCACACCACCAUUCCCUCUCUUCCGUCUUCCAGGCCUCUCUCCAGCUCGCUUCUCGACACCCCAAUUCCCAAACCCACCUUCUCCGCCUCCACCGCUUCCGAAAUUCCACCCUCCCCACUCUCCCCCUCACUCCCAAAUCAGCUUCCCUUCUCUUCCAUUGCCUACAAAACGCGCAAAUGCUGGACGAUUCACUUCUUCUCUUCAACCAGCUUCACCCUUCUGCCAAAAGUUCUCAACUUUGCAACGGGUUUUUGAGGGUGCUGCUGAUUUCCGGUCGCUCCGGGGAUGCACUCCACGUGCUCGACGAAAUGCCCGAACCGAAUUCCGGGUUCCCCGCCACUGGGGAAGUUGUUUUCGGAGAGUUGGUGAGAAGGGGGACAAGUUUUCCUGAUGGUGACAUUGUGGGGUUGGUUACCAAGCUUGGUGAGCGUGGAGUUUUCCCUGAUGCGUUUAAGCUUACUCAGUUGGUGAGUAAGCUGUGUGGGGAACGGAAGAUCGGUGUGGCGUGGGAGGUUUUACAUUCUGUGAUGAGGCUGGGUGGUGCGGUUGAAGCUGCGUCGUGCAAUGCUUUGCUGACGGGGCUGGGACGGGAGAGGGACGUUAAGAGGAUGAAUGAACUGUUGGCGGAGAUGGAGGAAAGGAGGAUAAAGCCUAGUGUGGUAACCUUUGGGAUUCUUGUCAAUCAUUUUUGCAAGGCUGGGAGGAUGGACGAGGCGUUACAUGUGUUUGAUGGAAUGAGAGGGAGAGGAGGGAGUAGUAGGGUAGGUGUUGAGCCUGAUGUGGUGUUGUUUAACACUUUGAUUGAUGGACUUUGUAAGGCUGGGAGGGAAGAAGAUGGUUUGAGUUUGCUGGAAGAGAUGAAAACGGGGAGUAAAAAUAGACCCAACUCGGUUACGUAUAAUUGCUUGAUUGAUGGGUUUUGUAAAGCUGGAAACAUUGAUAGAGCACAGGAGUUGUUUCGUUGUAUGAAAGAGGAAGGAUUGCAGCCAAAUGUGGUCACUCUCAAUGCAUUGGUUGAUGGUAUGUGCAAACAUGGGAGAGUCCAUAGAGCAGUUGAGUUUUUCAAUGAGAUGAAAGGGAAGGACAUGAAAGGGAAUGCUGCUACGUAUACUGCAUUGAUAUCUGCUUUCUGUGGUGUGAACAAUAUUGAUAAAGCCAUGAAGUGUUUUGAAGACAUGUUGAGUUCUGGGUGCUCUCCGGAUGCUAUCGUUUACUAUUGUUUGAUUUCAGGUUUAAGCGUUGCUGGAAGGAUGAAUGAUGCUAGUGUUGUCGUGUCAAAGUUGAAGCAGGCUGGGUUUAGACUUGAUAGAGCUUGCUAUAAUGUUCUUAUCAGUGGAUUCUGCAAGAGGAAGAAGCUGGAAAGAGUUUAUGAACUGCUUGAUGAAAUGGAAGAAACUGGAGUUAAGCCUGAUACUGUCACAUAUAACACGUUGAUUUCCUACCUUGGCAAAACUGGAGAUUUUGCAACUGCCGGUAAGAUGAUGGAAAUGAUGAUUAAAGAGGGUCUUAAGCCCUCUGUUGUCACGUAUGGGGCAGUUAUACAUGCAUAUUGUUUAAAGAAGAAUGUUGACGAGGGCAUGAAGAUUUUUAGGGGAAUGUGUUCUACAUCCAAAGUCUCUCCCAACACUGUGAUAUACAACAUUUUAAUAGAUGCCUUGUGCAAGAAUGACGAUGUAGAAAAGGCUGUUUCUUUGAUGGAGGACAUGAAGGUAAAGGGGGUUAGGCCUAAUACAACCACAUAUAAUGCUAUUCUCAAAGGGGUUCGGGAUAAGAAAAUGUUGCACAAAGCAUUUGAACUUAUGGACAGAAUGGUUGAAGAUGCUUGCAGACCGGACUAUACAACUAUGGAGAUUCUUACUGAAUGGCUUUCUACAGUUGGUGAAAUAGAAAAAUUAAAACAUUUUGUGGAAGGGUGUCAAGUUUCCUAGUAUGCUAGAGCUAAACCAUAAAGAAUGGUAUUCUUUUUUGAACCCAUUUUAAAAACACCUAAGCUGAAAUACAAUGGAAUUGCACUAAGGGUGGGAACACAACAUGGGGCCACAACAAUUUUUUCUUAUAAACAUGGAAUUGCACUAAGGUUUGGCUUUUGGACCUUUACAACACGUACUAUCGCUUGCUUUAUAUUUAACUGAUCCUGAAAAUAUGUAUCCAUUCUGGUUUGAUUGUUGAUUUCAUUUUUUUGUUCAUGUC